AUGGCCGACACUGCACUUCCGGAGUGCUCCCUCAUUACAGAUCUCCCGGAAACCAAUGCUUCUCAUCCUACCCCGGAUAUAGUGUUCAGCACAGAGCAAAGGAUUGUGGGAACUACUGUUGAUGUCACGUGCCCUGAAGGUUACAAUGUGAUUGGACAAGAUACGAUAACGUGCUUAAUUUCUGGACAAUGGGAUGCGGAUGCUCUACCCCAUUGUAGUGACGUGGUGUAUGGUAUCCCAGAUUCCACUAAGAUCUACCUGGGAGUAUUUGCCAUCUGUGGUGCCCUCUGUCUGAUCGUCUUUACCGUAGUUCUUACAAAGAUUAUCUGUUUCAAGGACAAGACGAAAUACUCGAACAAUAAUUUCCUAGGCAGAAGCACCGAGUCUGUAUCAUCUAUGCAGUAUUUUCCGGAAGAAAAGGGAUACAGAGCUGCAACGCAACCGGAAGUUAUCAUAGACGAUCCCCAAUCUUCUACUCCGCCACCGGAUAUAGAUACUAUAGCAACCUACGUUAACCAGUCGUACCUCGUGGACGAGCAGGAAAGAUGGCGACAGAGACUGUCUAGUUAUGAUAGUUCAUUUGAUGGAGAUUUUGACCUUCAAUGGCAUCACAUUCAACCGGAAGUACCACAGGAUAAUAGCCGGAAGUGGAGUAACCAUAGCAUACCAGGCGUCGAUACGUACGACUAUGACCAGUACGGGGGUAUGCCUGUUAUCGGCGAAGGAGAACACAUCGGUGAUGACAGAACUCCAUUUUGA